AUGGAUCCAGAUGGUGAAAAUAACAUCAAAAAAGAAAUGAUUAACCCAAACAAUGAUGAUUCAGCAAAUAUUGAAGAUCUUGAGCUAGAAAACAGGAACAACUUUCUUAACAGUGUGCUCACAGGAGAUGCUGAGAACCUACGCAAGUGUUUUGUAGAUGCAGAUGACUCAAACCAUGAAAAAACAAAUGAAUUGUUAAAUAUACAUGAUGACAUUGGCAGAAAUGCUCUCUUUGCAGCUGCCAUCCUGGGUCACUGUGAAGUUAUUCAAGAGUUGGUGACACGAGGAGCCAAUGUGAAUGAGCAAACUAACAGAGGCUACACUUCUUUACAUUGUGCUGCUGCAUGGGGGAAACUGGAGAGCCUAAAAACUUUGGUGAGCCUUGGAGCUAAUGUUCAAACAAUCAACUUCAGAGAUGAAAAAGCACGAGAUGUAGCUAAGCGAUACUCAAUGACUGAUUGCAUGGAGUUUCUAGAUUGGGCAGAAGGCAAAAUGAUUUUGGAAUUGUAUAUUAGUAACAUCCAAGAAACUAUUAUUGAUCUCGAAAAGUCACAAGGCAAGCUGUCUAAGCAAGAUAGGGCUGCCUUUACAAAUGCCUGCCGAGCAAAAUCUGAAUGGCUACUUAUGGCACAGAACGCUUCCAGAGAGGAAUUCGAGGAACAAAAGAAACAGCUGGAGAUGAGUGUGGAACCGAUCAUUACCAAACUAACAACUGAAUCUCCUCUGCCCUCAAAAUCCUCCAAAUCCUAACAAUAUUUUCACACUUGGCUGAACACUGCAAUCAAAAUGGAAGAUUUCAGAAUAAUUGGAUUUUAGAACCGUUUUUCAGUUAAUUUGUAUUACUUUACCUUUUGACUGGUGUCAUUGUUGCAUGUUUCAAGAGUUUUAUGUAUUCUUGAUGGCAGCUGUGUAUUACUACAUGUAUGUAUCUUCAUGCUAGUCCAAAAAAUAUAGA